AUGGCGUUGAGACCAAUAUUCAAAGAGAAGAGCAACAACCCACAACAAUAUUUCAAACCCAACAUCCCGUCUUUAUGUCUCAAAGGCGAAGCACACCAAACGCCAACUGUUGUGGAUCCUUGUGGCACAUGGACUCCCCAGUCUCUACCGAUCAGUGUCCAUUCGUGGCCUGUCACUGGUCCAACGUCUGCCAAUAAUAAGGGCUCUCUGGGCUAG